AUGUUCAAACGCCUGGCUCUCUCCUCCACUUUUGUUCUCCUCGCUCUCCAAGCCUUUGCCUCUGAGGUCGAGGUCGAAAAGCGAGCAUGCCCAAACAUUCACGUCUUCGGUGCCCGUGAGACCACAGCUCCUCCCGGAUACGGAACCGCUGGAGUCGUUGUCAACUUGGUUCUCAAUGCUCACCCAGGAGCGACCGCUGAGGCUAUUAACUACCCAGCUUGCGGUGGCCAAUCGUCGUGCGGAGGUGUCAGCUACGCCAACUCUGCCGUACAAGGUGUUAAAGCUGUUGCAUCUGCCGUCAACAGCUUUAACUCCCAAUGCCCCGAUACCCAGCUUGUUCUUGUCGGGUAUUCUCAGGGUGGUCAAAUUAUGGAUGAUGCAUUCUGCGGUGGAGGUGACACCAACGAGGGUCUGACCGAUACUUCAAUCCCCAUCCAAGCUUCUGCUAUCAAAAAGAUUGCAGCUGCCAUCUUCAUGGGUGACCCUCGCCACAUUCCAGGCUUGUCCUACAAUGUCGGCACAUGCAAUGCCAGCGGUUUCGCCCCUCGCCCGGCCGGCUUCCAGUGCCCCAACGCAAGCAAAAUUAAGUCCUACUGCGAUGCUGCCGACCCAUACUGCUGCAACGGAAACGACGCCAAUACUCACCAAGGCUACGGAACUGAAUACGGCCAACAGGCUCUGGCUUUCAUCAACUCUCAGCUUACUGCUACUGCAGGCUCAGGUGGAGGCUCAUCGCCCUCAUCCUCGUCGUCUGCUCCUUCCAGCACCUCCACUGGAAACCCCUCUGGCGGAACUGCGGCCCACUACGGACAGUGUGGAGGUAUUGGCUGGACAGGACCAACUGUUUGUGCCUCCCCAUACACAUGUCAAGUAUCGAACGCUUACUACAGCCAGUGCCUGUAA